GUGUGAAAGAAAUUGCUCGUGGGAAAAAAUCCUACCUUAGUAGUACCCUUGCUAAUUACAAGCCUGCAGUAUGUAAUAAUGGAAAUUUGAACGAUUUUUGCCAUACUAAAAUUGAUGCCACUCCGUGGUAUCGGAUCGAUCUAGGGGCAAGAUAUGACGUUGACGAAGUGAGAAUCUUUAACAGGAGAAGGUGUUGUGGUAAUCGUUUCCGUGAUGCUGUGAUCCAAGUUGGUGACUCAAUAGGAAGUUUGAAGACAUGCGGUACUUUCAAAGGGCCUGGAAAAACUGGUCAAAUGAUGAAAAUAAAAUGUCCAGGUGGAAUGAAAGGACGUUGGGUUCAAAUCGUACAGAAGUAUCGUAGUGCGAUGAAUCUUGCCGAUGUACAAGUAUUUGGAACCAAAUCUGCAAGCCAAGCGCCCAAACCAACUACAACAGUCAACCGAGCAGAUAUGCUUGGCUGCUACCAGGACUCAAAGAAAAGGGUUCUUUCUGGACCACCGACAUUGAGUAAACACAUGACAGUCGGCUUCUGUAGACAAAACUGUGAAAGAAGAAACAAAAGAUUUUACGGUCUUCAACAUGCUAAUGAGUGUUGGUGUGGUAAUACCAUGCAGUCCAAGAUAAGUAAACCAAUGAAAGAAUGCAUGAUGAAAUGUAAGGGAAGUAACGAGGCUUGUGGAGGCCCUUGGAGGCUCUUGAUUUACAGAAACCCGAAAUACCGCAGUUCAGAUAUGCUUGGCUGCUACCAGGACUCAAAGAGAAGGGUUCUUUCUGGACCACCGACAUUGAGUAAACACAUGACAGUCGGCUUCUGUAGACAAAACUGUGAAAGAAGAAACAAAAGAUUUUACGGUCUUCAACAUGCUAAUGAGUGUUGGUGUGGUAAUACCAUGCAGUCCAAGAUAAGUAAACCAAUGAAAGAAUGCAUGAUGAAAUGUAAGGGAAGUAACGAGGCUUGUGGAGGCCCUUGGAGGCUCUUGAUUUACAGAAACCCGAAAUACCGCAGUUCAGCUGUGAAAGAGGUUGCUCGUGGGAAAAAAUCCUACCUUAGUAGUACUCUUGCUCAUUACAAGCCUGCAGUAUGUAAUAAUGGAAAUUUGAACGAUUUUUGCCAUACUAAAAUUGAUGCCACUCCGUGGUAUCGGAUCGAUCUAGGGGCAAGAUAUGACGUUGACGAAGUGAGAAUCUUUAACAGGAGAAGGUGUUGUGGUAAUCGUUUCCGUGAUGCUCUGAUCCAAGUUGGUGACUCAUUAGGAAGUUUGAAGACAUGCGGUACUUUCAAAGGGCCCGGAAAAACUGGUCAAAUGAUAAAAAUAAAAUGUCCAGGUGGAAUGAGAGGACGCUGGGUUCAGAUCACACAGAGGUAUCGUAGUGCAAUGAAUCUUGCCGAUGUUCAAGUAUUUGCAAGCAAAUCUGCAAGCCAAGUAGUCAAGCCGGCAGUUGUGAAAGAGCUUGCUCGUGGGAAAAAAUCCUUCCUUAGUAGUACCCUUGCUCAUUUCAAGCCUGCAGUAUGUAAUAAUGGAAAUUUGAACGAUUUUUGCCAUACUAAAAUUGAUGCCACUCCGUGGUAUCGGAUCGAUCUAGGGAAAAGCUAUAGCGUCGACGAAGUGAGAAUCUUUAACAGGAGAAACUGUUGUGGUAAUCGUUUCCGUAAUGCUGUGAUACUAGUUGGUGAGACAUUAGGGAGUUUGAAGACAUGUGGUACUUUCAAAGGGCCCGGAAAAACUGGUCAAAUGAUAAAAAUAAAAUGUCCAGGUGGAAUGACAGGACGCUGGGUUCAAAUCUUACAAAAGUAUCGUAGUGCAAUGAAUCUUGCUGAUGUUCAAGUAUUUGGAUCCUAGUUCUCUGGUUAAUAAAUGAAUCCUAUUACA